UACCCCCAAAAAAGCAGAUUUUAGUUUUCAUGCAUUUUUUACGAUAUAGUUAAUUUUGACUCUGUGUUUGUGGUAACUAGUAUAAACCGUUGUGUCUGUUGUUCUCAUUGGCUAGAAUGGUCUCACCUGAUCUUGAUUCUUUUAUUUAUGUAUUUUUUAACAACUCCUCCCGACAGCACCACUCCACCAGCCCCCAGCAGCUAAAGACAUAUUUACCUGGAGAUUCAACAGUGAUAUUUAUUGGUGGAUUUAUUCAUUGACAUUUAUCUCUUAUUAUCAGUUCUUCAACCAGACAUGAACCAACCACCUCCCCAGACACAACCUACAAUCACCCCUGGUGUAACCCAGGUGGUGAUACAGCAGCCGCUGCUAAGAGACGUACCCGGCCAGAUGAUGUGUCCCCACUGUCAGGUCCCGGUUCUGACAGAGACCACACACGCCACUGGACUGGUCACCUGGGUCAUCUGUGGAUUCCUCUGCUUCUUCAUGUGCUGGCCAUGCAGUUUGAUUCCGUUCUGUGUUGACUCCUGUCAGGACGUAGAACACCGCUGCCCCAACUGCAAGAGAGUGAUCCACAUCCACAAACUCAUGUGAACAGACCAAGAUGAGACACCUGCCACAAAGUGAUCCAUAUCUGCAAACCUACUGUAUAUAUGAACAGACCUAGCCACAGCCUACUGACAGUUCAGUGCGUAAUCCACAUCAGAAAGACAAUAGUCUACUGUCUCUCUGAAAUGACUGCAGCAGGACAGCUUCCUCUACUGUCUCUCUGAAAUGACUGCAGCAGGACAGCUUUCUCUACUGUCUCUCUGAAAUGACCACAGCAGGACAGCUUUCUCUCUGUCUCUCUGAAAUGACUACAGCAGGACAGCUUUCUCUACUGUCUCUCUGAAAUGACCACAGCAGGACAGCUUCCUCUACUGUCUCUCUGAAAUGACUACAGCAGGGCAACUUCCUAUACUGUCUCUCUGAAAUGACCACAGCAGGACAGCUUCCUCUACUGUCUCUCUGAAAUGACUGCAGCAGGACAGCUUUCUCUACUGUCUCUCUGAAAUGACCACAGCAGGACAGCUUUCUCUCUGUCUCUCUGAAAUGACUACAGCAGGACAGCUUUCUCUACUGUCUCUCUGAAAUGACCACAGCAGGACAGCUUCCUCUACUGUCUCUCUGAAAUGACUACAGCAGGACAGCUUCCUCGACUGUCUCUCUGAAAUGGCUGCAGCAGGACAGCUUCCUCUACUGUCUCUCUGAAAUGACCACAGCAGGACAGCUUCCUCUACUGUCUCUCUGAAAUGACCACAGCAGGAUAGCUUCCUCUACUGUCUCUCUGAAAUGACCACAGCAGGACAGCUUCCUCUACUGUCUCUCUGAAAUGACCACAGCAGGACAGCUUCCUCUACUGUCUCUCUGAAAUGGCUGCAGCAGGACAGCUUCCUCUACUGUCUCUCUGAAAUGGCUGCAGCAGGACAGCUUCCUCUACUGUCUCUCUGAAAUGACCACAGCAGGACAGCUUCCUUUCUGUCAAUGGGAAUGUGUGACAGGGUAUUCGUAAAAAUGUAUGAAACCAAAAAUGUGCUUAAGGUGAGGCAUUAAUUAGGGUUAGCAGUGUGGUUAUAUUUGAUGACUUUGUGGCUGUGCUACUGAUUGCAAUGACGUUUUUUAAUUACAUGGAUUUAAACAGAAAGUAUUGUAAUAAAUAACGGUCAAGUUUAUUGAUUGGUUGUUU